GUGUUGCAGAACUCGAUUCUCUGAGAUACGGCAACAUGAGGAGAGUUUCGACACGCUGCUCUGGUGAUUCUUGGUGAUUCGCGUCUUUACCCCUUUGUUUGCGGUUACUUGCGUCGGUCCCGCGAUCACCGCUGCGACACCGGCGAUUCCGUAACACUGUUCUUCUGCAUUGCUUGCCGGGUGCGAAACAAAAGAGAAAGUAGCUGACUGUGUCACCAUGGUGUAUCCUUUGGAUGCUACAAGGGACUUCAAGGCUCUGCAUCCCACCACAUGCCCAGUUUGCUCUUUCGUUGGCAGUCAGGCAGCCUGUCAAAUCAUAUUCGCGUCGUGUUGCUGCCCCCUUGCUUAGUGACGGGUCCAUGCUGAGGUGCAAAUCAACUGGCGCACGGAAACAUCAGAGACGAAGACAUUCGGGAAGGCCUUCCCCGUAUUUCAAACUUGUUGGCCGUCUCUUCCUCCCUACUCGUCUUGCACCAUCCAGUUGUUCAGGAGCUCAAGCGACGGCUGACGACGCUUCUCCUCCGCCGCCGCCUUCGUCGCCCACAACCGGUUUCAAUUCACUGAAACACGCCUCCUCAGAGACAAUAACUAACGAUAUGUCUCUGUGUGCAGUGUGCGCCUCACUUUUUUGGGGGACAGAACAUUUACAUUUCACGGACAACAGCCCCAAAACGGCAUCUCGCUCGAGAGACCGCUGGAAACAGCUAUUGAUUUCCUUUUUCCUGCUGAUGAAGAAGAGAACGCGUCAUCGAUCUCGACUAUGAGUCCACCAGAGGAGACGAAAUUGCAGGAAGGCAACGCCAGUUGAGUCACCACCGCAUUGCCUGACGGAUUUUGGAAGACAGAGUCACUGCGAACGGAGGUUCAAGUUCUCUUUGAGCUAGUGAGCAGUUCGCCUACGGGGCCUUGCUGUGGAGUUCCCCAGUGAGCCACGAUUGUUUUUGAUACUGAUGUCUCAGCGCGGAAACCGCUUGUUUCAUACCAAAGAUGCAGUCGGACAACUUGGAUUUCGAUCAUAUUGAAUCGAUCUUGACAACUGGUGUUUUGCUGUUGCGUAUGAGGUGGGCCAACGCCGAAUUCGCUGAAAACUGCCCGGACUAGUGUAUCCUUUUGCACACUGACAGACGCCAUGGACUAUUGAAUUCAAUAUUGAAGAAGGGCUAAAUGGAAGAUGAUUUUUUCUGUGAUAUGAAACAUCCGACGAAAUCGCUGAUGCUGGACGGCAAGCCAGCGAGUUGGCUUGUCUGGUAUCGGCAUGGAAGAGUGAAAUUUGUAGGUGUGAAUUUUGACUAAGCAGGUAGAAGGACAGUCGUGUUUGUCUCUUCUGAUUCCUUUGGUUUCUGCCUCGUCUUUGGUAUCGAACGUGCAUCUGUUGGCACCAGUCUGGGAAUAGGACUUCAAUUAUGAUGACCAUAGAAGCAAUAACACUCCCGAGCGUCGGCGUUACGCUUAGCGCCGAUGGUUUACGAGACUCAUGCGAAUCCUUACCGAAGACCUGUGUUGGCACUAAUGGGAACCGUAUGAAUGUGUUUUUGUGUAAAUUGACAGUCAUCGUGUGCACUUCCGGAAUGAAUGAACACACAAGAUGCAACCCAAUUGGCGUCCCCGGUCAUGCCCAAGUUCCUUUUUUGCUGUGUUCCAUCGCUCGUGCAGUCGAGGGCAAUUCGCAUUACAGUGACGCCCCUUUUGUGGUGCAUCGCCACACUUAAACACGCUCAAAAUAAGGCAGGACCUCUCAACUAUCAUUCUACGUCAAUACUGGUGGAAACGU